GGCUCUCCCGCAGGGCUGGCGCCGCGCUAGGUCGCGGGGGCGGGAGGCUCCAGCGCCCCAGGGCAGCCGCGUCGGGCCACGGCCCCGCCCCUCGUCCCUCCCGCGGGCCAGACACCUUCAGGCUCCCCGGGGCUCCCCCGGCACACACACAUCUGUGCGCCAAAGGCUCUGCUGGAGGAUGGAGAGGAAGACGCGGAGCCCCUCCGGGGAGCGCCACCGGGGGCCCAGCGGCCGGGCCUCCCCCGGCGAGAGCCGGAGGGCAAAGGCCGAGAGGAGCCGCGGAGGCCGGGGGCGCCGGCAGGCUGGGCCGGAGCGGCCAGGGCCCCGGCCCGCAGCGAAUCCCGCGGAGCCACGAGCUGCCGCCGCCGCCACCGUGGUGGAUGUGGACGAGGUGCGAGGCUCUGGGGAGGACGGCACCGAGGUGGUGGCGCUGCUGGAGAGCGAGCAACCGGAGGAAGGUACCAAGUCCUCAGGUUUAGGAGCCUGUGAGUGGCUUCUUGUUCUGGCCUCCCUGCUCUUUAUCAUUGUGACUUUCCCUUUGUCCAUCUGGUUCUGCAUAAAGGUUGUACAGGAGUAUGAGAGAGUAAUCAUAUUUCGGCUGGGACACCUGCUUCCUGGAAGAGCCAAAGGUCCUGGUCUGUUCUUCGUUUUGCCUUGCCUAGAUACGUACCGCAAGGUGGACCUUCGUCUCCAGACCUUGGAGAUACCCUUUCAUGAGGUUGUGACCAAAGACAUGCUUAUAAUAGAGAUAGAUGCCAUCUGCUACUACCAAAUGGAAAAUGCAUCUCUUCUCCUAAGCAGUCUUGCUCACGUGUCCAAAGCUGUCCAAUUUCUUGUGCAAACCACCAUGAAGCGUCUCUUAGCCCAUCGAUCACUCACAGAAAUUCUUCUAGAAAGGAAGACCAUUGCCCAAGAUUUAAAGGUUGCCUUGGAUUCAGUGACCUGUAUUUGGGGAAUCAAAGUGGAGAGAACAGAAAUUAAAGAUGUAAGGUUGCCUGCGGGGGUUCAGCACUCACUGGCUGUGGAAGCUGAAGCACAGAGACAGGCCAGAGUGCGGAUGAUAGCUGCGGAAGGGGAGAAGGCUGCCUCCGAGUCCCUGAGGAUGGCUGCUGAGAUCCUGUCAGGUACACCGGCUGCUGUUCAGCUUCGAUACCUCCACACUCUUCAGUCUUUGUCCAUGGAGAAACCUUCCACAGUGGUUUUACCUUUGCCGCUUGACAUGCUAAAUUUCUUGUCCUCUCCCAGCAGUCGAGCUCAAGGAAGCAUCCCCCUUCCAACUUCUGCCAGACCUGUUGAGCCACUAAAUCCCAAAAAGAAAGACUCUCCCAUGUUGUAGAAUAGAUGGGCAAAGUAUACUGCGACUGUCCAGGAUCUGUGUUAGACACAGCUGUCCUCACUUCCUGCCCUUCUUUGGUUGCGGAACGGAACGUCCUUGGAGAGCCUUACGUCACAGUGCAGACACAUACGUGAGAAGACGGUGAGAUGGUGAAGGAUGUUGAAGGUUCCUAACAAGCUAGGUGGAUCAUCUAAGCAAAGGAAUUAUGGGAAAGAGCUUUAAUAUACAUUCUACGGUGGAAUAAAUUUGUUUCUAAACGUGGUCAAUUUUGACUUGUGAAGCCUUAGUUCAAAUGUCCUUUUCACUGUACAGUCUCUGGGGCCUUGGGUGAGGUUUUGGCAGCCUCCGUAUCCCUUUGUUUGAGCCCCUAUCAUUGUGCUUAUCACACUUGAUUGCAACCCUGUAUUUAAGAUUCAGGCUUUGCUCCAGCUCCACUGCCAGCUCUCUAAAGGAGCUGCUCCCACGCCCCAGCCCCCACGACACUCUGUCUUUUAGUUCCCAGUUCCUCAUAGCCAAUCCUGACGGUUACACAGCAGCCACCCUCAGUGUUCCUGAAUAAGUGGAAGAAGAGAUGUGUGCACAUUGAACAUCAAAUUUAUACCCAACGAAAAGAAUGUAAAAGGAAAUCUUUGUAUGCAGAUACCUUAUUUAAUAAAAGGAUAAAAGCGAUAGUCUUUAAACUGAGGAAGAGUCAAUAAAAAUAGGGGCUGAGAGUAAUGUAUUUCAGUAUAGAAUGCGCCAGAUUGCUUAUUUCUUCAAACAGUAUGAGCUAUACUAUACCUGCCUUAGUCUUUUCUGCAUGCUCCUGACUAUUACAUUGUUCUUCAGCAGUAGAUCUACUGGGACCAUGAGCACUCCCGUGCCCUCUAAAAUUCUGGCCUGUGUGUCAGUGCAUUUGCUCAGUAGAGAAUGAGAAUUAAGGAGAGAGUGCAGAAGUCUUAUCUUUUGAAAAGGGGUCAUCAAUUGCACUUCCAGCUUUUUUUGCACUUAGAGAAGCAUUAUAGCAAUAUUGCUGAGAGCUAUAUUAUAAAGAUAUAGUGAACAAUUCCCUGUGAUCUCUCAUCAGAAAAACUACUUUUUUGGGAGACAAAACAAGCCACUCCCAGUCACAACUACAUGUCCAACAGACUGUGGGGAGGACAAGGUAACCAUGGUAAUCCAUCUCCCAUUUUCCAUUCCUGUUGUGUUAAACCUAGGCAAGAAAAAGGAGACUGCUAUCUGGCUGUAACUGUUGCCCACUAUGAGCAGAAACUUUUCAGUACUGCUUUUGCUGUCCUGUGAACCCAAGUGCAUGUGUACUUUGAAACAAAUGCUUGUAAUGUCAUGGUGGGAAUGAAAUAUAGAAGACCAUAUGUACAUGUUCUCAAGUGGUUCAAUUUAAAUAAGGCUGGGAAUGGGAUUGGCAAAAAAA